AGAGCGCAGCGAACUUGGUUUUACGCUCGACUGUUACGCACAGGUUUGCAAGUAGCUCCUUUUCUCUCUCUGUAACUUUGACAAACUGCAGUUAUCCCUCUCAUCAUCAGGCUGCUGGUUUGUGUUUAAAUUCUAGACGCAGAAUAAAAAAGAUAUUGAUGACUUUUCAGCUUGUGAAGGCGAAGACGUGAUCGGGCUGCGUUUCUUUGGACAUGUCUCCGUCUGUGUGUGUCCGAGGUUCGACGGUGAAGCUGUAGAGACCGAGUGAUGUGUUGAAGAUGGAAGAAGGAGCCAAGCUGCACCUGAAAGAGUGGCUGAUCAGUCAGAUAGAGAGCGGACGGUAUGAGGGACUGAGCUGGGAGGACGAGGACAGGACCAUGUUCAGGAUCCCGUGGAAACACGCAGCCAAGAAGGACUACAAGCAGACGGAGGAUGCAGCUCUGUUCAAGGCCUGGGCUGUGUAUAAAGGCAAGUACAUUGAGGGAAGGGACAAGGCUGACCCGACCAUGUGGAAGACUCGCCUCCGCUGUGCGCUCAACAAGAGCACAGACUUCCAGGAGGUCCCUGAACGCAACCAGCUGGACAUCACUGAGCCAUAUAAAGUCUAUCGCAUCCAGCAGGACAGUGGGUCGGUCAGGCCAGCAGAGUCUCUACAGAAGGACAAAGUGAUUAUCGAGACGAAAAUGUCUCCAAACAGUCCUGAUAUCUUGGAUGAAAAGCGUCCUUUUCAAAAUGAAUCAUUUCAGGCUAAUAUAGAAGAAGAAAAAACGUGGCAUGUGGAUCUGAUGUCGGAGCACAUGUAUUGUGACAUAAAAGGAGAGAAAACUCAAAACCCUGUCCCUGCUCCUGCCACCUUCAUCAGCCAUGGACUCACAGUAUCAGACUUUCGUAUGCAGGUGACCUUGUUGUACCAGGGUCAGAGGGUGAUGAAAGUGAUCACCAGCAGCCCAGAGGGGUGCUUCAUCCUGCAGGGCCACGUUCCCUGGGGAAACGAACGCAUCUAUGGACCCUGCACUGCCCAGCAGCUCUCGUUCCCCUCCCCGGGCUCUGUUUCCCUGCCAUCAUGCAUGGCCGAAGCAAUGAAUCGCCUGCUUUGUCACCUGGAACGGGGCGUGCUAUUAUGGGUGGCCCCAGACGGGGUGUUCAUCAAGCGUUUCUGCCAGGGCAGAGUGUACUGGAGCGGCCCCUUGGCCCAACACACCGAUGCACCCAACAAACUUGAGCGAGAAAAGACCUUCAAACUGCUUGACAUACCCAGAUUUAUCUGCGAGCUGCAGAGGAGUUUACGGGGAAAAGGACCCGCCCCUUCUUAUGAGAUCGAGCUCUGCUUUGGAGAAGAGUAUCCAGACCCUCAUGUAGUGAAAACCAGGAAGCUGAUCAUGGCACAGGUGGUGCCUCUGUUUGCAGUGGAGCUUCUGCAGAAGUUCAACCCGGGAGCGAGUGAGGAGAAGCGGUCGAAUCUCAGCUCUAACUCAGUGGGAGAGAAGCUGUAGAGAGAAUGUGAAAAACAUCCCUGCACCUGCACAGCCAUGAACAAUACACACAUACUGGGAUUUUAUGAGGACUCAGAGUAUCAUCAGUGGAGAUAUAUAUACAAUGAAGAAAGGAUGAACAUGCAUGUGAAACAGUUUGCAAUGAGCAAAAUUCAAAGUGAUUUUCUUUAUUAUUUUUUAUCUUAUGUGGGUUUUUCUUGUUCACCAUGCAGCUACUCUACCAGGAUUUAUCUGUUUGAAAUCAUC